GCGCGGAAGGGUGUGCGGGGCGAGCACGGCCAGGCGGAGCCAUGGCCCGGCUGCUCCUCCAGGCCUACGAUGAGAUCCCCGACGGCACCCAGUGUCACCGCAAGACCUACAUCACCACUGCGUUAGGCGGCCUCGUCGGCGCAAUAGGCUCAGCUUACAGCGUCGUGCUCAACCCCGCAGACACCCACCUGGAAGCAGUGGCCAGGGCUGGCCGGUACACGUUCACUGCGGCUGCCGUCGGAGCUAUGUUUGGUCUCGCCACCUGUGCCAGUGCCCAGAUCCGCGAGAAGCCAGACGACCCCCUGAACUACUUCAUCGGGGGCUGCACCGCGGGCCUGACCCUGGGAGCGCGUGCUCACAGCUAUGGGACUGGAGCUGUUGGCUGCGUAUACAUGGGCACCGCGGCAACCCUGUUUAAGAUUGGCAAGCUGGAAGGCUGGGAAUACUUUUCUAGUCCCAAGAUGUGAGCAGAACCCCCGUGGCAAAUAAACACUGUGUGUCCCUUUG